AGUCCCCGCAGAUGCCUCGCAGACGGUGAACAGCCACAGGCGCCAGGCCAGGCAUAGCGGGAACCCUGAGCUCUGUUUCGCCCCUCUCUGGCCAGCGACUGCUGCUGCCUCCCCCUCUCCCAGCUCUCCAGGGCGACAGUGUUUCCCUGCUUCGGUCCUGAAGGGGCUCCUGGAGACCAUCUUUUGUGCAAUCCACGUUGGCCUGCCUGUGACCCCUGCUGUCUGUCACCUGCUCCGUUGGAUCCAGGAUGGCACCGUGGUGCUACUGUUUCCUCUGCCUCCUGAUCAGGAGUCUCUCUGGGACCCCCUCCAACUCCCCAGGUGAAUCAAGGAACCCUUGGGCCCCAGCCCCCGUGGCCCCCGGCGAGGUGGUGAAGACUGCAGGUGGGGUGUGCAAGUUCUCUGGACAGCGACUGAGCUGGUGGCAGGCCCAAGAGUCCUGCGAGCAGCAGUUCGGCCACUUGGCACUGCAGCCCCCUGAUGGGGUUCUUGCUUCACGGCUGCGCGAUCCGGUCUGGGUGGGCCAAAGAGAGGCCCCUCUGCGGAGACCCCCACAGAGGCGUGCGCGCACCACCGCCGUGCUGGUGUUCGGCGAGAGGACGGCUGACCGGGCGGCGCGGCUGCGGAGCCCUCUGCCUGAGCUGGCAGCGCUGACCGCGUGUACUCACGUGCAGUGGGACUGUGCCUCGCCCGACCCCGCAAUGCUCUUCUCCGUUGCCGCGCCCGCGCUGCCCAACGCGCUGCAGCUGCGCGCCUUUGCCGAGCCGGGGGGCGUCGUGCGCGCUGCGCUGGUGGUGCGUGGGCACCACGCGCCCUUCCUCGCAGCCUUCCGCGCCGACGGCCUCUGGCACCAUGUGUGCGCCACGUGGGAGCAGCGGGGCGGGCGCUGGGCGCUGUUCUCCGAUGGGAGGCGGCGCGCUGGGGCGCGGGGGCUGGGCGCCGGCCACCCGGUGCCGUCCGGCGGCAUCCUGGUGCUGGGCCAGGAUCAGGACUCUCUGGGCGGUGGCUUCUCGGUGCGUGACGCCUUCAGCGGCAACCUCACCGACUUCCACCUGUGGGCGCGGGCGCUGAGCCCCGCUCAGCUGCACCGGGCACGGGCCUGCGCGCCGCCCUCAGAGGGCCUGCUCUUCCGCUGGGACCCGGGCGCCCUGGACGUCGCACCCUCGCUGCUGCCCACUGUGUGGGUGCGCCUUCUCUGUCCGGUGCCCUCCGAGGAGUGCCCUACGUGGAACCCGGGACCUCGCAGUGAGGGCUCUGAGCUCUGCCUGCAGCCGCAGCCCUUCCUCUGCUGCUACCGGACAGAGACCUAUCAUCGGCUGCAGGAUGCUCAGUUGUGGCCUGGCCAGGAUGUUAUCAGCCGAGUCAAUGCCUUGGCCAACGACAUUGUGCUCCUCCCGGACCCCCUCUCCGAAGUCCAUGGGGCCCUGUCCCCAGCGGAGGCCUCCAGCUUCCUGGGCCUUCUGGAGCAUGUCCUGGCGAUGGAGAUGGCUCCCCUGGGGCCAGCCGCACUGCUGGCUAUUGUCCGCUUCCUGAAGAGGGUGGUGGCCCUCGGGGCUGGGGACCCAGAGCUGUUGUUGACAGGCCCCUGGGAGCAGCUGAGCCAAGGCGUUGUAUCUGUGGCCAGCCUGGUCCUGGAGGAGCAGGUGGCUGACACAUGGCUCUCCCUCCGUGAGGUGGUUGGUGGGCCUAUGGCCCUGGUGGCAAGUGUGCAGCGCCUGACACCCCUGCUGAGCACCACAAUGACCUCGGAGUGGCCCCGAAUGCACAUCCAGCACCGCCAUGCUGGCCUGGAGGUGCGGAGCUUACGCUUGAGGGAGGCCAGCACGAGGGGCUGCUUAUUCACAAUGCCUGGUGGGCGUCCAGAGGGGCCCGGCCAUAUCCACAUUCCUGCGAGUGAAGUGAGGCGACUCCUCGGGAAAGGCCUCUCUGGAGUCACUGUGAUCCACAGCUGGUUCACCUCCAGAGUCUUCCAGCACACCCUAGAGGGACCGGACCUAGAGCCCCAGGCCCCUGCCAGCUCAGAGGAGGCAAACAGGGUGCAGAGGUUCCUAAGCAUCCAGGUGGGGUCAGCCAUCAUCUCCUCUGAAGUGUGGGAUGUCACUGGAGAGGUCAACAUGGCCGUGACCUUUCAUCUCCAGCACCAGGCCCAGAGCCCCCUGUUCCCUCCCCAUCCCCCAAGCCCAUAUACAGGGGGUGCCUGGGCCACCACGGGCUGCUCCAUGGCUGCCCUGUACCCGGACUCCACCGACUGCUUCUGCAACCACAGCACCAGCUUUGCCAUCCUGCUGCAAAUCUAUGAAGUACAGAGAGGCCCUGAGGAGGAGUCGCUGCUGAGGACUCUCUCAUUUGUGGGCUGUGGCGUGUCCUUCUGCGCCCUCACCACCACCUUCUUGCUCUUCCUGGCGGCCGGGGUCCCCAAGUCAGAGCGAACCACAGUCCACAAGAACCUCACCUUCUCCCUGGCCUCUGCCGAGGGCUUCCUCAUGACCAGCGAGUGGGCCAAGGCCAAUGAGGUGGCAUGUGUGGCUGUCACAGUUGCAAUGCACUUCCUCUUUCUGGUGGCAUUCUCCUGGAUGCUGGUGGAAGGGCUGCUGCUGUGGAGGAAGGUGGUAGCUGUGAGCAUGCACCCGGGCCCAGGCAUGCGGCUCUACCACGCCACAGGCUGGGGCGUGCCUGUGGGCAUCGUGGCGGUCACCCUGGCCAUGCUCCCCCAUGACUACGUGGCCCCCGGACAUUGCUGGCUCAAUGUGCACACAAAUGCCAUCUGGGCCUUCGUGGGGCCUGUGCUCUUCGUGCUGACUGCCAACACCUGCAUCCUGGCCCGUGUGGUGAUGGUCACCGUGUCCAGCGCCCGCCGCCGUGCCCGCAUGUUGAGCCCACAGCCCUGCCUGCAGCAGCAGAUCUGGACCCAGAUAUGGGCCACGGUGAAGCCCGUGCUGGUCCUGCUGCCCGUCCUGGGCCUGACCUGGCUGGCAGGCAUCCUGGUGCACCUGAGCCCCACCUGGGCCUACGCUGCCGUGGGCCUCAACUCCAUCCAGGGGCUGUACAUCUUCCUGGUUUAUGCUGCCUGCAAUGAGGAGGUGCGGAGCGCCCUGCAGAGGAUGGCUGAGAAGAAGGUGGCCGAGGGACCUACGGCCCUAGAACUCCCUCAGCCUUCUCCUCCAUUGCAAACCCGGAGAGACAGGCUGUGGAACUGACAGCGUUCAAAACUUCAGGUUUCUAGAGAGUGGCUGGGAAACUCGUCGCCAAACCCUGCCCAGCUCAGCUCUGCUGGGACCCCAGACCCCAGAACGGCGCAGCGGGAGUCCCUGAGCGCCAACAGCGGCCCCAGCUCCCGUGGCCUCAGCCUCUGGCUUUCCCUAAAGGACUGUGGGCCUCAGCCCCCUGUUCCCCUAGCCCACCGGGUCCCCAGGCUCUUUCCCCCAGUCUUUGCCUAUCUGUGAUCUGCUCCUUCCCCCAUGCUCCGAAGUUCCAUCGGGCUCUGCGGUGUCUGGUAAUAAAUAGGACUGUUGGGCUCUCC